AUGUCAUCGCAACACAAGAGCGUCGCCAUCAUCGGCGCAGGGCCCAGCGGUCUUGCCGCAAUCAAAGAGUGCCUUGCUGCCGGAUUGACCGUGCAAUGUUUUGAGCGCGCUCACGCACUCGGAGGUCAAUGGCUCUAUGAACCGGCGCCGACGGCAGACACCCAUUCGUCCAUAUAUGCCGGAGUCAUUCUCAACUCUUGUAGCGCUACCACUGGUUUUAGUGACUUUCCAAUCGAUCCGGCGCGGUACCCAAUCUACUACUCUCAUGAGCUGCAUCUGAGAUACCUGAAAGAAUACGCGGCACAUUUCGAUCUGGAGAAGCAUAUUCGAUUCAAUACUUCGGUUAUAGGAUGUGUACCGGGGAAGAACGGCAGAUGGGAGGUGAGAAUCAGCAGCAAUGAAGUAGGAGAUGACCGUGGAGAAGAGCUGUUGGACUUCGACGCGGUUGUAUGCGGGACUGGGAUGUUCAGCAAGCCUAUCAUCCCUGACUACGAAGGGAGGGAUAAGUUCAAGGGCGGGGUGGUGCAUAGCCAUUAUUAUCGCACACCAGGCGCCUACGAGGGAAAGAAGGUCAUCAUCGUGGGGCUUGGAUCAUCCGCUGUCGACAUCGCGUGUGAAGUCGGGCCUCAAGCCAAAGAGCUCACCAUCAUCAGCCGCCGCGGUGCAUGGGUUCUCCCUCGGUUUGUCCUUGGGAAGCCGUUGGAGGCAUGGGAUAAUCGCGCCAGCGAGACGUGGAUUCCACCAAGUGUGCAGGAAUACCUUUUUGAGAAGUUAUUUUACCAUGCCGCUGGUAAGAUGCCGGCAGAGCUUCAACCAGACCACGGCAUCAUCAACCAGAACGUAACUGUCCGAAGCGACUUUAUGGAGAAACUGCAGACAGGCGUCUUCGCUCUUCGCCGAUCGAAAAUCACAUCCUUCAGGGAGACAGGUGUUGUCCUUGAAGACGGAACCACCAUAGACGCCGACGCAGUCAUCCUCGCCACGGGAUAUCACAUGAUCGAGGAGUCGUAUCUUCCCCCUGGCGCGCUGGAAAGUAGGGACGCACCAGCGCCAUACGUGGAUCUGUACAAGAUGCUCGUCCCGCCCCGGUGGAAGGACCUGUAUGUCAUGGGACAAACCGAGCAAAUCGGUCCUGGAAACGCGGUCUGCGAGGCGCAGGCGCGGUACGUCGCGGCCAUCAUCCAGGGAAAGAUACAGCUCCCGAGCGAGGAGGAGAUGAUGCGGGACAUCCGUACUUCUCGAAGCCGGCAGCAAAAGCACUUUAUUAACUCGGAGAGACAUUCACUGACGGUCGAGUUCGUGAAAUACAUUGAUGAUCUGCUGGAGCCGCUAGGGGCCGCCCCCUCGUUUGGGAAGCUUUUUGGCAGGGUGUUCACAAGCGGGAGCCCGUUAAGGGCGCUGAAAGUCCUCUCCGCUGUCUUCUUCGGCUACUUAUCUCCUGCGCAAUGGAGGCUUUUUGGCGAGGGAAGUGCGACGGAAUUGGCUGAAGAGACGCUGCUGAGGACCAAUGCCGACGCGGAUAAGCUGAGUGCGGGCGAGAAAGCACUCAUCUGA